GCAUCACUAAAUUCAUCUAUUAUUUUACAAGUAUUGCAGAAGAUAUUUAUUUCAAAUUUUAAAAGCUUUAGAGGGCACUUGUCGGUAACUGAAUGGAAUUGUUCAAUGCUGCAGAGCUUGUUGAAAACUGAAUAAGCACUCUUGUACAAUAAACACUUAAUUUUGUGACAAUGUCUAGAUCGUUUUAUGUGGACUCUUUAAUUGUGAAGGAACCAAGUUUAUUUUCUAAGGAUGAAGGGCGACAAGGAAGUAGAUCCUCGUCAAGUCCCCAGCAUGCAAAUACAGCUUCAACAUUAUCCCCUACAAGGAUUUCAACACCGACAAGCUUACAUGCUUUUCAUCCGGUUCCAUGUUAUCCACGUCAUCAAGGUGACGUUAUGAGCUUGUGCUGUCCGCUGUGCAUUCCAACGCCUUCACAGCUAUUUCACGACAGAUCUGUGAAACAAAUAAUGCCACCAACCAGCGUGCCAAUAUCCUACUCUACAACACCAGUGUCAUCAACAGAAUUUCACCUGAGAAAUUUGCAAACAUCUAAAAGAAAUACUUUUGACAGUUCUCACCAAAUCAUUUCUAGAGAUCAGGGAACAGAAAAACACAGAAAGUCUCCCAUCGACAACGAUAUAAGCAUAAUAGAUCAUCGUAGAAUUAGAUAUGGUGGAAUCGGGGUUACAAGUUCUACAGAAGAAAGCAGUAAACGAAUAAGAACAGCUUUUACAAGUUCACAAUUGCUCGAACUAGAACGAGAGUUCCUGUCAAAUAUGUACCUAUCCAGACUAAGACGCAUUGAAAUUGCCACCUACCUUAACCUAUCAGAAAAACAAGUGAAAAUUUGGUUUCAGAAUCGAAGAGUUAAAUAUAAGAAAGACAGCAAUGAGGACUCAAUAGAGAAGUGCAAAUGUCUCCGAACAUGUAAUUCAAAAGGUCAUCAACGGAAAAGAUCAGAUGGUAGACAUCAUCAGCAUAUAGAGAUAGACAGUAUAACCAGCACUGAUGAUGACAGGUAUCUCGAUGUUACAUCUGAAUGUGAUGCUGAUAAUGACAGUAUUUGUGCUAAAUCUGAAGAAUCAGCUACUUAAUUAUACAAACUGAUCAAUGACAGUAAAUCAGAAACUAACUAAGUUGGUGUAACAAACACUAGG